GCCCGGGAGCUCCCAGCUAUGGGCCGGGGGUCCCGAAGAUCUGGGGGUUCGCCAGUGCUGCUGCUGCUGCUGCUGCUUCCCCCGUGGCUAGGGCCGCGCGCCCGGGCGCUUCCAGGAAAUGCCCCUGGAGAGCCAGUCACCCCUUACUGGGCUCUGGAUGGUCCCCUCUGGCGUGCAGUCACCCUGCAGGAGCCGAUCUUGACGCUAGAUGGGGGGCUGUUGGUCUUGGAGGCUGAAGGCCAGGAGCUCCUGCUUGAACUGGAGAAGAACCACAGGUUGCUGGCCCCAGGGUACACAGAAACUCACUACAGCCCAGAUGGGCAGCCCGUGGUGCUGGUCCCCAACCAUAUGGAUCAUUGCCACUACUCUGGGAGAGUGAAGGGCUUCCCGGACUCCUGGGUGGGCCUUAGUGCCUGCUCUGGGAUGAGUGGCCUGAUCGUGCUCAGCAGCAAUACCAGCUAUUAUCUGCAUCCCUGGCCACCAGGGGACUACAAGGAUUCCUCAACUCAUAGGAUCUUCCGGACAGAGAAGCUGUUCACCUGGAAAGGGGCCUGCAGCUUCAGGGACAAUCAGGGCAGGACCAGCCUUCCUCAAGCUCACCAUAAUAGGGAGAGGCGAGAGGUGCAACGCGGGAGCACCAAGUACCUGGAGCUGUACCUGGUAGCUGACCACACCAUGUUCUUGAUCCAGCACCGAAACUUGAACCACACCAAACAGCGUCUCCUAGAGGUUGCCAACUACGUGGAUCAGAUGCUCAGGACACUAGACAUUCAGGUGGUGCUGACCGGCCUGGAAGUGUGGACAGAGCGGGACUACAGCCAAAUCUCACCGGACGCCAACGCCACGCUCUGGGCCUUCCUGCAGUGGCGACAGCAGCUGUGGGCGCGGAGGCCACACGAUUCGGCGCAGCUGCUCACGGGUCGUACUUUUCGGGGCACCACCGUAGGCCUGGCGCCCAUCGAGGGCAUGUGCCGGGCGGAGAGCUCCGGAGGCGUGAGUAUGGACCACUCGGAGCUCCCAAUCGGCGCGGCUGCCACCGUGGCCCAUGAGAUCGGCCACAGCCUCGGCCUCAGCCACGACCCCGACGGCUGCUGCAUGGAGGCCACAGCAGAACAGGGCGGUUGCAUCAUGGCGGCGGCCACCGGGCGUCCUUUCCCGCGAGUGUUCAGCGCCUGCAGCCGCCGCCAACUGCGCGCCUUCCUCCGCAAGGGGGGCGGUGCGUGCCUCUCCAACGCCCCGGGCCCCGGGCUCCCCGCGCCUCCGGCCCGCUGCGGAAACGGCUUCGUGGAGCCGGGUGAAGAGUGUGACUGCGGCCCGGAUCAGAGGUGCCCGGACGCCUGCUGCUUCGCCCACAACUGCUCGCUGCGCGCAGGGGCGCGGUGCGCUCACGGGCACUGCUGCGCGCGCUGCCGGCUGAAGCCGCCAGGCGCGAUGUGUCGCCGGGCUGUGGGGGACUGUGACCUCCCCGAAUUCUGCACUGGCGCCUCUCCUCAUUGUCCCCCGGACGUUUUCUUACUGGACGGCUCGCCCUGCGCCGGGGGCCGCGGCUACUGCCGGGAUGGAGCGUGUCCCACGCUGGAGCAGCAGUGUCAGCGGCUUUGGGGUCCCGCCUCGCGUCCAGCACCACAGGCCUGUUUCCAAGUAAACUCCGCGGGAGACACGCGUGGGAACUGUGGCCAGGACGGUGUGGGUGGCUUCCUGCCUUGUGCACCGAGAGAUGUCCAGUGUGGGAAACUGCAGUGCCAGGGUGGGGAGCUCAGCCCACUCGAGCCACACAUGGUGCCCGUGGACGCUUGGGUUCACCUAGAGGGCAGGGAGGUGCCUUGCCGGGGAGCGCUCACACUCGCUGAUGCACCACUGGACCUGCUUGACUUAGGCCUGGUAGAGCCUGGCACCCAAUGUGGACCCAGCAUGAUGUGCCAGGACGGGCGCUGCCAGAACGCUACUUCCCUGGAGCUGGAGCGCUGCCUGAGUGCCUGCCACAACCGCGGAGUUUGCAAUAGCAACCAUAACUGCCACUGUGCUCAAGGCUGGGCACCUCCCUUUUGUGACAAGCCAGGCUUUGGUGGCAGUGUGGACAGUGGCCCGGAGUACCCUGAAACUCAUGAUGCCUUCCUGCUGGCCAUACUCCUCAGCUUCCUGCUGCCUCUGCUCCCUGGGGUUGGGCUAGCCUGGUGCUGCUACAGGCUCCCGGGACUUCGGUGCCAGCCACGUACCUGGGGCUGCAGGAGGAAGCCCGUGAGCAGCCGGUCCAACAAUGGCCCAGGCAGGGAGUCCCUCCCAGGUGGAGUUCACACCAUAGAGCUGGGCCUGGCAGCAAGCAGCUGGAGAGCCCCAGCCCUGGAUCCCAAGAAUACUGCCAGAGCCCAGCAGCCACCCUGAGAAGCCUGGGCCAUGAAGCCCUGCCCCCCAGCAGGUCAAGCCCAGAAGCCAAAAUUCUGUCUGUGGAAACAAGU